UUGGAAUGUUUGUUGGAGCUUUGCCGGUUCUGUCUAGGCAGUAGGUGAUGUCCGUUUAGGUAGCUAAAUGUUUACCACUAGAACUAUUUAUACGUCGAAAUGAAAAGAGUACGCCAGAAAUAAACGGUUGUUUUAUACCGUUGUGAAGGCCUCCUUCAUCACCUAACUAGCUAAUGUUAUAAAUCUCAUUAGCUAGCCUUAUCAAUGUAGCUAGCUAGCCCAUUAGCGUUGCCAUAGUUAGCUUGCUAUGAAUAUACUUGCUAAUUUGCUAUGAAUUUGACAUGGGAUUCGCUAACUAGCUCCCUGCCUUGCUGACAUGAAUGGCAACUCGUUAGAUAACUAGCUGUAAAUUUUCUCAAGAUUAGGCCAUCUGAUGUCGUGAAAUCCAGGUAGCUAGCUAGGUUAGCUUUCUAGCUAGCAAGCUAGCUACCUAAUAUUGUUUUACAUUCUGUUUGACGUUGUUGUGCGACAGAUCGAUAUCAUUAGCUAGCUAGCCAGAUAGCUAACCGAUCGCUUGUAUUGAUUGUAGUUGGCCUAAAUUAUAUAGCAAGAGUAACUAACGAGGGAAUAAUCAUAUUCUGCCGGCUCACUUGAUCAUGGCUACACAGAAUAUGAGCUCCAGUAGAGAGACGCUCGUGUCCGGACACCCUUCUUGGGUUUGCAGUACAUCUGACAGCCAACUUGGCGGUAUCCUACAUUGUGUACGGUCUACCAACAGCAUGGUAGACCUUACACAGGUAUAUACGGAGACCUCAGUCGAGAGCGGCCUGGUGUACCUGGAGCGGGCGGUGGAGGCGUCGCCCUGCUCGAUCAGGCUGCAGUGCGCCCCCGGCUCCGGCGCACUCAUCGCCGGCCUGCUGGUGGUCAGCGAGGCUCGGACCAUGGAGGUGUACAUGGGGGCGGGGGAGUACUGCGGCACCUGCCGGGGCGAGAGAGAUCGCACACCUCCCCUCGAGAGUGCUGAUGAAAGCAUCUCCCUGUAUAAGAAAUACUUAAAGCUGGAGCCCCCGGCUGCCUCUUGUGACGUUAAGCUGCUCUCUCUGGGCGGGCGGGCGAGGGUGGGGCUCGGCGGGAUCGUGCUGAGCCUGCAGGACGACGGGACCGUGGGCCGCACCCCCGCCGCGGGGCCGGGCAUCGACCUCCACCGCGUGCAGUCCAUGGUGGAGUCCAUGGGCACCACCCUCUCGCCAGGGGCACAGAACCUCAUGGACAUGGUGCAGUUUCAGCAGAAGAAUAAAACCGACGCCCUGAGUGGGUUCUUGCCCCUCCUCCUGGGCGGUGGGCCUCUGGCCGCGCUGGCAAAAGCAGGGAUGGAGUCCAGAGCAGCGGCAGAUGCUGAACCUACGGCCACAGCAAGUCACAAGCACACGGACACACCGCCUGGCCAAGCGAGCCAGCCAGAAAGCACGGUCCCUGAAGCCCUUACAGGGCCACAAACACAGCCUGAACCGUCCCAUCCCCCAGAAGUCCAUAAUGACCGCAAGCUGACCGACGCGGUGUCGUCAUUACUGAACGGUCAUCCCCGGCGAGCGCCGUGCGGCUUCGGUCCAGACCUGCUCCCGGUGCUGCAGAGCGUGUGCGGUCAGGUGGCGCAGCUCCGCGUCGAGGAAGGCCCACCUGGAACCACGGCGUCGGCAACAGCACCAAAGGAGCACUCCUGCUGCGAAGCCCUGGAGGGGGUGCUGGAGAGGCGGCUGGAGGAGAUGGAGCUGAGGCUGAAGCGGCACAUCGACCGGCGCCUGGAUGCCCUGCAGCACAACCUGGAGCGGGCCCUCCUGGCAGCCCUGCCCCUGGCACACGUCACCCAGGGCGUCAAGACCAGUCCCCCCGACUGGCACGCCGCAGCGGGCCUUCUGAACGGAGACUCCUGAUCCGGGCUCCAUGCUGGAACAGGGCUGGCCCGGAGUCGUCCCGGACCUCCCCAGCUCGCCCGUAGACUUAGACCGACUGUGUGUCUCCAUUCCUCAUGUACUGUAUUACUGGAAUGGGAAGAGAUUCAGAAGGUGGUCGAAGACCCUCCCAUUGGUUCUCCUCAAACACGGUUUUGAUACUCUGUGAGCCUAGGCUGUCUUUUACAUACAUCCUAUGCAAAUAAUGCGAAUCUCUGUGCUUGGCUGGUUAUUGGAGUAAGUGUCUGCUCUUAAAAACACGACCGUUAAGCUGCUGAUCAUGAGUCUCUGACUGUCAAAUCUUUUUUGUUUUUUUUUUUCUCUCUCAACGUUUGUUUCAAACAGUUACAUAAUUGGCAUGAUUGAAUCUGUCAUUGUCCUCAGGUGGUUUGGGUUUUGUUCUGUUUAUGCAUUAAUGCAAAGCAAAAGUUAAUAAAUCCCACUCAUACCUGAGGCCAGGAUUUUAAGAAUGGUUUGACCUUUGCUGCCAUUUUAAUUGAAUAUAAUGCAGUAAUUCAAAUAUAAGCUUGAUUUUACCUAACCCUUAACCUUGGGUACUUAUUCCAUGCAAAAGAAUAAGUUAUUCUUGCAAACAAUCACCCUCAUCUUUUUUCUUCAUCAUACAAACAUAAAUG